GUCAUCGUCCAGUGCUGACGUCACUUUGGAACACCCAUUGCAUUCCUGCCGCAGAAUAUGCCCAAUGACCACCGCUUCAUCAUAGGGCGUUUGCCCUGGUCAAUCUGCCGUUGCUCAUCCGUCACGUACUCUGUCCUCGUCAUCAUCGCGACUAUUCUGGCCAUGGGCUUAGUCAGUUACCUGGUCGUGCCGAGACGUUCCGAACCAUUGCGCAUCAAGUUCAACAUGACGGAAGAUCUAACCACCGAGGAACCAUCUAAGGACUCGGAGGCCAGACCUCUCGGUCUGGGGGUUCAGCCGGGAACCGAAGUAUGCGAUACCAGGGCCUGCAACGAAGAAGCCAACCGCCUCAUAAAGUCCGUCAACUCUUCGGUCAACCCGUGCGACGACUUCUACUUGUACGUUUGCUCCCGCUGGAGCGAAGAAAACGUCCCGGACGAUGUCCAAGACAAGACAUCCACGGACUAUGCCAUUCUGGACAGGUACAGCGAUUUUCUGGGCGCGGUCUUGAAGCAAGAGAACAAGGAAGUUCCAUCGGCGAAGACGCUCUUCGAGAGCUGCAUCAAUCCCGACCGAAACCUCUUUCAGGACGUCCGGAGCGCGUUCUUUUACAUGAUCGGAUUCCAGGACUGGCCGUACCACACGUUGUCUGAGAUCGGAGACGCGGAACUGUCUUCUAAGGUCGGAGCCGUGUACCGUCAUCUGGGGUUAGACACCGUAUUUCAUUUUGAAGUCGUUGAAGAUCCCGAAGAGUCGAAGCCGUCGAUGUCCAUUGAGCAACCGGAUCUCUUGGUCGGACAUUCGAGGGGUUCCGUUGGAGAUUACGAAUAUCUCAACAAGGCGUAUCGGUCUCUGAUGGAAUAUUUCGAGAAAGAGUCUGGCACGAACGUUCCUCUUGUCGAGUUAGACUUGGCAGAUCGCAAGGGCUCCGUGCAUCAACACCAGGAGUGCACUGUUCUGCUGAAUAAAUGCACAGCGAGCCAUGUCAGUGCGUUGCCAAAAUCCAAGCUGUUCCGCUGGGUGACGCUGCUGGAGCAGGCGUUCGGAGAACGCAUGACCAUUCACAAUGAGUUCAUCAGGACACCGAGUCCAGAAUAUAUCUCAAGUUUCAGCGAUGACUUGCCAUCGACGCUUAAAAGACACGACCUCCUGAACUACCUCCUGUUUCGGAUUUGCCUAGCCCUGUCUCCAUUAAUAAGCAACAACACUCUGCGACACCAACUGGCAUCCAUUGCAUAUGCGCGUCAGCCAGGAUACCCGCAACGACUGACCGUUAGCAACUACUGCAUUCGCUUCUGGAACAAGUUCGAACCUUUCUUGCCGAUGAUGCUAGCCUACGAGAGGUCGGUUCGAAAGAUAGGCUACACUGUCCUUCGCGUUUUGGUCAUGGAGAACCUCAACUCGACCCUAUUUGAUUUCAUUCAAAAGCGGCUGGCGACGGUGUUCUCGAACAAGUUCAAAGAUCACGUUCUCGAGCACCUACGCAAAAUAUCUUGGGAGCCGCUGGUACCGCAAGCCUUCUUCAAGAAGACAUUCAAGAACAAAUACCUCAGCGGUCUCUACACGGACAACCCGACGAAGCCGCUGACGUCGUUUUUCUACUUCUGGCUGAAGAGAUCGACGCAGAAGAGAAGCUAUUUGAAAGACGGCGGUGACGACGACCUACGACCGGGAUGGCAGUCUGGAUUCUUGAAUACUUUCACAACCCUCCACCCGCCUUUCAGAAAGUUGGAGAUACCAUUGCCAGUAUUCGACAUGAGCCUCGCCAAUCAUAAGUACCUGCACAAGUUUCACAUACCGCGCGUGGCGCCGAGGAUAUAUCACAGUUUAUUCAAGUACAUCUACUACCUUGCGUACGGGUUCUACUUCAACACUAGUACUUCGGACCCGGCGUCUGUCUUUGAGAACUUGCGGAGCUGUCUUCAGAAGGACUACGCUUUCUUGACGUCACCGCUGUCCGCUAAGUCGCUGGACUCUGAGAAGACUUCCUUGUCUGACAUGCUCGACGUCUUGGCCGUGCAGUUGGCGCUUAAGGCUUACGAUGAUGAGAUAUCUCGGGAAGGCACGAGCUUUCGAUUCAAGGAGGCCACAAAUUUCAGUGCAGAUCAGCUGUUCUUCUUGUACUAUGCCAAGAGCUUCUGCGACAGUUAUAACCCGUCGUUUAUAGACAAGGCACUGAAAGACAGCGAUGUCAGUCCAGGUUGGUAUCGAGUCAAUGGACCACUGAGGCAUAUGAACCAAUUUGCAGCGAGCUUUCGUUGUCCACCGGGGUCCUUCAUGAAUCCAAAGAAGAAAUGCGUGUUAUAAUUAUUUCGAGGGUUAUAUUAUGAAGACAAAGGAAAUAUUGCAUGAAAAUAAAUAGACGAACUACUUGGAGUCCCA